AUGGAUUGCGAUGAGCUUAGUGAUGAAGAUCAACUCGCUGUUAAUAUCUAUAGCGUUUGUACUGCACAUGGUUUCCAAAACUCGUUUUCGGAACGAAAUCUUAUCGAACUUGUUGACGGUGAAUAUGAUCGCGGCUAUACCGAAUCAGAGCUGCGGAAGCUCAAUAAAACCCUGGCUCAAGUAUUGCAAAACUCGGAGCAUUUUCGCAGCUGUGGGCAGGGCGAGUGGAAAGCGAUUUCAGCAGGUGGUCAAAUGGAUAACAUUCACGAUUCCGUCGCGGACAAUAAAAAUGCAAAAAAAGGUGGCGCAAGAGGGAGAGGAGGAGCUGUACGUGGAAGAGGAGCUGCGGUCCCACGAAACCAGUUCAACAGGAAUGGUCGCGAAGGCUUCCGAGGUUUCAAUAACUCCCGUCCCCCCCGAGGCGGUUUGAACCAGCGGGGGGCGGCUGGAACGCACGGAUCAUCUUUUCGACCACAAGAAAAUCAUUCUAACUCACAACCUGAUUACCUGGCAAAUCAGCGGCCGCUGGGUCGGAACGGAUCUUCUAACGCGAGCAACCAAAGUUCGAACUAUGAUGGCUCGUUCAACAGAGACAACUCCAGAAACAGCGGUUAUCAGGAGAAUGUGAGACCUCAAUCCCCUCCACGUUAUCGGCGUUCAUCUCGACCACCAUCCCCACGAAGUAGAAAUUCCAAUUACUACGACAGGGAUUCUCAAAGAUACAACAAUGAUAGUAGAUACUUUGAUAACGAUCGUCGCGAAUACCAAAAUGAUAAGCAAUCCAACUACGGAGGAGAUCAGUAUGGUGGAAAUGAGCGCUACGGCGGGCAUGACAACGGUAGACGAUCACCGCCACCAAUGCGUUAUGACGAUACUCGCUACAACGAUUACCGACAGAAUAGCUAUGAGAGACAAGAUCGCUAUAACGAUGGACAUGGCUAUAACAAUGGGCGUCCAUCAUCACCGCAAUAUCGGCAAUACUCUCCUCCGCGCAACGGUAAUGGAUACAGGGACGACAGUGGUUUCAGAAUGAACGAACAGCAGUUCCGACAUGACUCACGCGAUGAACAUCGUGGUCGAACUCCACCUCUACCAAAUCGGCUACACAACUCACCGCCAUCGGAUCAUCGUCAAAGAAGAUCAGACUCAAGAAACUCCAAUGGAACCAACUUCUCUCAGUUUUCAGAAGAAAACAAUGAUUCCCCUCCGGCCAGUAAAUUCCGUACGGAAUAUGGUAACACACAAGCGUCUGUCCAAACGAGAGAUCCCAUUACCGUUGGUCCUAGUCCCGCCAAUACCAAUCCAUCGGGUUCUCUGAAUUCAAAUGAGUUGUUGAAUAGAAAACUUUGCAAACAACUCCUGAAGUUGAAGAAAGGGGGACAAAUGGAUUUGACCGACUUCGUCUACUUCCUCAAAGACAAAGGAAUCAUAAUACCCGGAGACAACUACGACGAACAGGAAAAUUACUUAUGUGCCCUAAAAGAAUCUAUGCCCGAGUUCUUUAAAAACAUGACCAUAGAUAGAGAUGAAAGUCUUAUAAUAUGGAAUGAAACCGAGAUGCAUCAAAACAAAGAAAACGAAGACGAGGAAGACGUUAACAAGCCUCACAGAAUUGAUGAUGCUGUCUGGAACUACAUCAAGUCAAUCAGCACGAACAGUUUCAAAAUGAGCGACGUGAUCCUUCAUCUGGUUCAGGAGACCGGAGAAAAAGCUGAACUCAUCAAGUCGAGGGUAGCUCAUGCGAUGUUCUAUACUCAUCAAGGAGAGUAUAGAUAUGUACCGGGCGAAAUGGACCUUGUUCAAAAAAUCGAAAGAGACCUCAAAGGUCCCAGCACUGAUUUAUUCAGUGCACCACUCGUACAUCCUGCAUUUUCACGACCGCAAACCUCAUUGAAUGUUACAUUUUGCUUUUUUCGAAAGUUCGCUCAUUUCGCCGUACGUCCUGUAGAAGCUGUUGAAGAAUUUGAGAAAAUGGAAAAAGAGAUAAAAGUUUCGAUGCAAGGGGCGAAUGUGAAGGAACAACCGAACGGUGGAUGGCAGCCACGUCAAGGAUGUCUUGUUCGUCUUCACGACUCAGAUAUUGGCAGCAAGUGGGCUCGCGGAAUGAUUAUCAAAGAGGAAAAUAAAGAGCUAUACCGUGUUUAUGUUCUCGAUUUUGGAUACCGGCUCAUGGUACGAAUCGCCGAUAUGGCAAUGAUGCCGCAACGGUUUUUGAAUAUCCCACCGUUUUGCAUCACUUGUAAAGUGAAUGCUACAAACGAGGAGCACACUGAACUCAACACACUAAACUGGAAACCUGAGGAGACGAACAAUUCGGAUAGAAUCAACGUCAGCAACUUACAACGAGGUGUCCCUGUGGAAGGAAUCCCAACGUUUACUGUGGAUCUGGCAACGGAAAGUUUCAAUGGAGGGAUGACCAACAUCUUGGAUAAACUACUAUAA